GCCCCCACGCGAACGCGCACGUCUCCCAACCCUCUCGCUCGAGCGACCUUUCAGGCGGAAGUGGAAGUCCCCGGUGACUGAGGUGGCUGUGUGUGAGUGAGUGCGGAAGCGGCUGUGCCGGGAACAGAGAUGGCUGCUCUGGCCCCCUUACCCCCUCUGCCCCCGCAGUUUAAGAGCCUUCAGCAUCACCUGAGGACGGCGCAGGAGCAUGACAAGCGGGACCCCGUGGUGGCCUACUACUGUCGCUUAUAUGCAAUGCAAACUGGAAUGAAAAUUGACAGUAAAACUCCUGAAUGCCGAAAAUUUUUAUCAAAGCUUAUGGAUCAGCUAGAAGCUCUUAAAAAACAAUUGGGUGAUAAUGAAGCUAUUACUCAAGAAAUAGUUGGUUGUGCCCAUGUGGAGAAUUAUGCUUUGAAAAUGUUCCUUUAUGCUGACAAUGAAGAUCGUGCUGGGAGAUUUCACAAAAACAUGAUCAAGUCCUUCUAUACUGCAAGUCUUCUGAUAGAUGUCUUAACAGUAUUUGGAGAACUCACUGAUGAAAACAUGAAACACAGAAAAUAUGCCAGAUGGAAGGCAACCUAUAUCCAUAACUGUCUAAAAAAUGGAGAAACUCCACAAGCUGGACCUGUUGGAAUGGACGAAGAAAGUAAUGGUGAAGAAAAUGAAGAAGCUGGGACUUCUCCUCUACCCAUUCACCCACCUCAAAGGUCAUCUUCAGCAUAUGACCCAAGCAACAUGCCAUCAAGCAGCUAUACAGGAAUACAGAUUCCUCCAGGUGCUCAUGCACCUGCUAAUACACCAGCAGAAGUUCCUCAUAGCACAGGUGUAACAGGUAGUACCAUCCAACCCACUCCACAGAAUAUACCUGCUGUUGAUCCAGCCCUUUUCAGUACUAUGUCGAUAGGGGAUAUCCGUCUAACACCAGAGGACUUUGCCAGAGCUCAGAAAUACUGCAAGUAUGCAGGCAGUGCUUUGCAAUAUGAAGAUGUAAGCACUGCUGUGCAGAAUCUACAGAAAGCCCUCAAGUUGCUGACUACAGGCAGAGAAUGAAGCCUUUGUCCAAAACAUUCAUGUAUUUUUGGCCUAAAGAACUAACACUCCAUUACUCCAUCUUCAGCCCACCAGGAGCACAAUAAUAAGAAAGGCUCCAGUUCCAUUGAACACGACAAUAAAACCUGUGUUUAUGUAUCUGGUUCCUGCUGUAGCUUUCAUCAACAGCCUCAACCAGCUUUUAUUUCCUACUUCAUGGAACCAGUUGUGUUUGGGGCCAGUGGGCUGGUGUUAGCAAGAUAAUGAAAAUGCACAAGGAACUGUUGAAAACAAUGAAAACAGAAAUUUCAAUAAAAUCUAUUUAUACUGGGAAUAACUUUAGUAAUUCAAUUUACAUAUAUUAUUAAAGAAAAGAAAAAUAUCUACUGAUUAUGUGCAGCCAUAAUGUUCUUUUACUAUAUUAAUCUGAAUUUAAAGUUAACUUAAAGUAUUCCAAAAAAAAAAAAUUCUAGAUCAUAUUUGAAUUUGACCUCAAGAAUUUUUUGGUAAAAAUUGUUAGAUAAUCAGUGAAAGAUCAUUUUGAAAACUCAGUUUAUGUUCAUGUUAAAUGCUACUAGAUUAAAGAGAGGUAAAUUUUUUUGACAGGAAAUAGAGUAAAAAGGUAAGAAGGACUCAAGCACAAUAAGUGCUCAGUGAAUAUUUGUCUAAUUUAAAUAAUGCAGGUUUCAAAACUGCUUGGUUUUAUAUAUUGACUUUUGGAACAAAUAAGAAUGACUUUCACAUAGGCAAUUUAAUUUUAUAUUUUCCUCAGAAUGAAAAGGCAUUAAUGCUAAUGUCUCAGAAUUUGGCCCUUUCAAUUAAGAUACUGAACUACUACUAGUGGAGCCUGUAGAUUUUAUAACUAUGAUUUUGGAAUUUGGAACUGUUUAGUGUGUAAACUUUAUUUUGGGGAUUAUGGUGUUAUGUGUUAUGCCUGCAUCCAUAUUAUGUAAGAAAUAAAAAAAAAAAAUUCUUUUAACUAGCAUAACUUAUUAAAUGAGCCCAAUGUUUGUUUUAUAUCACAUAUUGUAAUAGGUAUGUUUAAGAGAACAUAUUUUCAGUUGAGAUUAACAGAUAUAAGGACAGCUAGAUGGCACAGUGGCUAGAAUACCAACCCUGGAAUCAGGAGGACCUGAAUUGAACUCCAGCCUUGCACACUUCAGACUUCCUAGCUGUGUGACCUUGGGCAAGUCACUUAACCCUAAUUGCCUUGCCCCCCCCCCCCCCCGAAAAAAAGAGAGAGAGAGAAUGAAGGUACAAACAAUACAAAGUGACAAAACAUGUUAUAUGAUUGGUCAAAUGAACAAAUUUAGCAAGUAUAUAUUUAAUAAGUCUUAGUCCGCUCACAAGUUCUGCCAAUUUGAUACCAUAUCUGAAUAAUAGCCACAAUUGUAUUUUCAUUAGUACAUCUAUUUUUUUUAAUUGAUGCUUAUCUUUCUUUGGAUAGCUAUCUAUAAACCAAGAGGGUUUGUCUAUUUAGUAUACAUUUGUACCUCAGAAUAAACUAUUCCAAGGCAUAGUAGAAAACUUAUUGUUAUUUUCACCCAGCAUCCCCAUUUCUAUGUUGUAGAACAAUUGGUUUUUUCAGAGCCUUAAAAAUAAGAUGUGUGCAUGUCUACUUAAGACAUACCUGAAAUACCAAAAGAAUUAAAAAUGCCUAUAGGUAUUUGUACAGACAACCCAUGCAACAUGUUUAUCAAUACAUAUGUUAGAUGUGGAAAAUAGACAAUAAAAUAGGGCCUGAAACGAAAUAUGAGGAAAGAGUCUGACAAUAGUGCCUUUAAGAAAUUGCAGUUCCCUAAUGAAACCACGUUUCUCCUUGAAAUAGGGAUCUAUAUUUUCAAUACCAUUAUUGCAUUGUUAUGAAUUAUGGAACAGUCUCCAAAUAAUUGAAGUUAGAAAGCAUUCAAAGGACACUACAGAGGCAUAUAACAACCAUUAAGCUGUAACACAUUACAAAUGACUUAGACAGAUCUCAUCUGUGAGAUCUGUAACCAGGAAAAAAAAAAAUGAAUUGAUUAUAUAGAACAAGAGAAACCAAUGGAUAGCUCAUUUGAACUAGUGGUAUCCAUGCAACAUGUUCAGAAUGAAAGGAAGACUCCAGCACAUCAAUGGACUCCUGUAUAUUUCUAGGAGUACAUGGAUGAGAGUCACACAGGAAAGGCAAACAUGCAUAGGUUACUAUCUACAUUAUUAAAGGAAGUACAUCAAUCAAACAUUUAUUAAAUAGUGUGAAGUACUCAGGAUCCAAAGACAAAAGUAGCAGUCCUUAUCCUCAAGGAGCUUACAUUCUUUUGGAGGAAGCAAUGGAUAACUCUAAGUACAUGUAACAAAAAUGUGUGUAUAUGUAUAUAUAUAUAUAUAUAUAUAUAUAUAUAUAUAUACACAUACAUACACACAUGUAGGCCAAAUUAGGGAAGCAAUCAAAGGUUUUGUGAGGAAGUGGUUCCUGAACUAAACUUUUAAGAAAACUUGAAAUUCUAAGUUGAUAUGAGCAAGGAAUAUAUACCAGACUUGGUAGAUGACCUAUUCAGUCAUAGAGAUGAGAGAUAAAGUAUUACAUAUGAGGAAUAGCAAGGACAACAAAGGAACUGCAUAAAAUAACCCUGAAAAGGUAAGAUAGUGACAGGAAGAAGGCGGCUUCAAAUGCUAAACAGAGCAGGUUAUAUCUUACACUAGAGCAAUAAGAAGCCACCAGAGCAAAUUAAGUGGAGAAGUGAUAUGACCAAACUUUCCUGUGCUUUAGGUAUGACAGACUCUGAAACUAGAAGAUGGAUUGGCUAAAUGAGAGACUAGAACUAAGGAGACAAAUUAGGAAACCAGCCAGAUAAUGAGAUCUUGAAUUAAUUUGAGAGCUAUUUUUAUCCGCUAUGCAGAAUAUGGGAAAAGCUGGAGAUGUAUAAGACCAUUGAUUUUUGAAUUGGAAAAGACCUUAGAUGUUGUGUAGACCAACCUCACUCAUUUAACACUUGCCCAGUCACACAGUAAGUUGCAGUGCUAGGAUUUAAACUCAGAUCCUCUUUGAAGAUCCUCCACUACUAUAGUGCCUCCUGAAGUUGUGAACAUGAGUGGUGAUGAUGAUACCUUGAUAUGGUAGCCAGACUUGACUCAGAAUUACCCCCUCAUAUUUAGGUUUGAUAUUAGAAUGAAAUGAGUCCCUUUUAUCUGAACAAAGAAAUCAAAGGAAGAAUAAUCAAUGAGAACAUAUAUCUUCCCAGUGUUAGCCAUACUAAUUGUCAUCCAAAAGCUUUAGAGAGCUAGAACUCCUUAUGGUUUUUUUAAUAUUCUGAUGAAGAGGAAGCCCCAUUAGCCAGUCUUUUUAAUCAAGUCACAAGGAGAGAAUACUACCUUUUAAUACCUACUAGUUUAGCCUACAUAGAUCUUGGGAAAACCUGGCCCAGCCUAUACCAUGGCAAGGCCCUAGCAUCAAGUAUGACAAUAUUUACACUUAUGUAUAUGAAAUAAACUCAAGGCAACUUACAGAUUUUCAGAACACAAUGUAAAAAUGCUGCCAAUCCCCUACAUGCUGAGCAUAUUGAUUAAAUUAGUAUCAAGGAAUAAAUGAAGAUCUCCAGCAUAUUGGGCAGAUCCCUGUAGGAAACUUAUGGGAAGAUAAGGAUCAGAAUGACACAGGAUGCACAGACAUGGAUGGGUUAU